AUGGUCACUAUUUUCAGCCGGUGAGUGUGGGAUUACUAUUGAAAUAACGGCCUGUCAAUAUUUUUUGUUGAGAAACGUAGUUCAUUAUAAUAAUAUUGCAAUUGCACUACUCUAUAAGUUAUGACUUAUUGUUUCGUUUUAAAAUUUAAAAUCAAAACUUUGCUUCUUCAGGUACCCACUGUUAUUUCAAAUUUUAACAGAGCAAAAGUUGUAUUCAGAAGGGUUUAAUCAGUAUCUAAAUCAAGUUCACGACUUAGCUGAUAGCGUAGUUAUAAACAUGAUAGCACAGCUGGUUAUAUUUGGAGAUGUCACUGGUGUUAUUAUGGGGAAAGAGGAAAUCAACCUGUUUUGGGUUAUAUUUUUGUGUAUUUUGCAGGUAAGGCAGUUUUCAUUGUUUAUAAAAUUUUAUUUUUAAAUACAACAUUGACUUCUAACAAAACUGUUAGGUUGUUCAAAUAAUUAUGUGCCUUUCUUCAAAGCAAAUUUUUGAGUUUAUUUAACAUUGAAUUAUUUAAACAACCUAAUAUAUCUUUUUACAAUAUUUCUAUUGUUUACAUUUGUCUUGCUCGUGUUGUAUAACAGUACAAUGCUACUUUUAGUGGGUAUUAGGAGAAGCCAACAUUCAAAUGGGAGCUGCUAACUUCCCUCCGCCAUUGUAUUCUCUAGGUAUUAUGGAGUUUAUGAAUUUUGUCUGUUGGCUAGCCUUCUUUGGACUUAUCUACAUGGGGCGGGUCAAAUAUCGACAACAAACUGUUGGUCAUGUUAAUGACAAAUACAAGGUAAAAAAGCUUACAAUAAUGUUAAAACUGUUAUUUUAAAAUUUUUGAGUAAACAUUAUAAUUUAAAUCGAUUUUUUAAAAAUUUUUUUAAUAAAAAUUUCAAAAUAAAAUGUUGACUUUAAUGUCUUGUUUUAGAUUAGCGUAUGUCUUCGUACAUUAGCUGUACUAAAAGUAAUGGCUGUUUGUAGUGCUGUAAGAAACUUUAUCUGCGUUAAUGUCAUCAUAGCUUUGUUUGCAUGGAUACGGCCAAAGUAAGUGAUAUAAAACUACCUUAACAGCGUAAACUUAUAGUGGACAACCUUUUAAAAAUAAUUUUAGGCUUGUAUACGUGAAACUUGUAUGUACUUUUUCAUUACAUUAUAAUACUAUACUUAUAGUAAACGGUAGAGUAAUAUUUAUACGUUUCAGCAAAGACAUUGAUGGUGAACGUUUCGCCUCUUUCUUCUACGACCUUACCUUGGCUAUUUAUGCAGCUUUAGUGCCGUUUCUGAUGAUAUGGAAUCACGAAGAAAUGCAGCGGACAUACGGGUAUGUUAACAUACCUCACUUAUCUUAUCAUACCCUUAAUAAAAAGACAUUUUAAUCCCACCAAGCUUAAUUGUUCAGAUGUUUUAGACGGAUUUGUUCUCCAAAGAUGGAGUCUAAGACCGAAGUAACUACAACAUUUACUGAGCAAAAGUUUGUGGCCAGAAAUGUGGUCGGAGAUGUGAUUACCAACCCGAGUGUUCAAGAUGAGACCAGAUACCAUUUCCAACAGUUACAGAGUAAUUGGGACACAAGACGUUUGUCAGUACAAGCUUUGGCAGAACAAAGGAAAGAUCCUAUGUUUAUUAAAGUGUUACAUUCGAUACAAUGA